AUGGGGGACCUUAUCACUUUGCUCGUUUUGAGCAUUUUGAUGGCCGCUGCCUCAUUUCUUGUCGGCUCUCUUCCUUUGUCGUUUUCGCUUUCCGCCUCGCAACUCCGAUUUAUAACAACGCUUGGAAUGGGUAUCUUGGUUGGAACAUCGUUGAUUGUCAUCAUUCCCGAAGGUGUCGAGACUCUAUACAGCUCUACGGGAGCCUCACAUGGCCAUGCCCAUAAAAGGGAGGUCAUAUCUUAUGCGAAUGGCGCCCAGUGGAGCCAUCAUUCACUACCAGUGUUAUUACCUCGUGCAGAGACAGGUGACGGACAUAAUGCGCCCGAAACACCACCAACUGUAAAAGCGCCACCGACCGCCAUCGAUGACGGAAAAAAAGGAGGGAACAAGCCGGGGCCAGGCCACACAGACCAGCAUUCGUCGGACAAAAAUGAAAAAAGCCACGAGAAAGAGCGUUCUCCCCAUGCGUGGGUAGGCGUAGGGCUGAUAAGUGGCUUUCUCUUAAUGUACCUCGUGGAUCAAUUACCGCAAUACCUUACUUCGUCAUCCAACCAGCAAAACCGCCCGUAUCACAUAUCCCUUGAUGAUUUAGGCUCUGGUAUUGGGAGGGGAAAUUCCCCAUCCCAAACAGGAAGUGGGCUUUUUGAUUUUGGAAAUGGGGCAACGCAAUCCCAGGGCUUUGCAACAACCGUGGGACUGGUGAUCCAUGCUGCCGCGGACGGAAUUGCCCUUGGUGCAUCGUCGUCGAACACCAGCCUGAGUUUCAUUAUUUUCAUCGCGAUCAUGGUUCAUAAGGCGCCGGCGUCUUUUGGACUGACCUCCGUGUUGUUGAAGCAAGGACUCUCUAUUCGAGCGGCCAGAGGGCACCUGUUGGUGUUUAGUUUGGCCGCUCCGGUGGGGGCCAUUCUGACCUGGCUUGUUGCCAAUACAGUAUUUGCUAGUCAUGGAAGCGAUGAACAGGCUACGCGAUGGAGGACAGGUGUCUUGCUCCUCUUUUCUGCAGGCACAUUCCUGUGA